UAUCCCAGGUACAAGCUAAUGGGAUGCACAGCUGCAGCAUUUAUGUGCAGAUUUGUGAAGCCCUGCACUAAAAGAUGCUGGAUCUGUCAUACAUGGGCAGGAUCCCACUUGGCUUUAGAGUCUAAUGGCCUCUGGGAACUAUCUGAACCCUUUUCUCUUUAACAAGUCCCUUCCCACUCUCAACAUCAGCUAACCACCAUCCCGUGCAGAAAGAAGAAAAGCUGCCACAAAAUGGCAGCUAAAAUGUGGUGGCUGUGUCAGUGGCUCCAGGCCUGGAGUUGUCACUAGUGUCUUUCAUGUGGAAAGUAUUAAGGGAGCAGUAACACAGGCUAGAAGAAAGGGCAGGAGCCACUGUGUCGGGAAUGUCAAACAUCACACAGCACAUGGUGCUGGCUCUGAAGGGCUUUUUUUCCCUGUGCCCUUCCCUUAAAACAAUUUUCCUUAAAUCACUAAACUUUGCCUUUCCUUUCAGCUUCAUAGGGAAGCCCAUCAAAUACAGAAAUAACCUCUGGAGAUAUGUUCUGCAGUUAUUUCUGCUUCUUCAGUCUGUGUCUUUUCCUUCCAACCCAAAGGAGGUGCUCCCUGGGCCAGGUGUCCGACACAGCAUCCCUCCCUGGAUUUGAGAACCUCACCACGGGAUACAACAAGUACCUCCGGCCCUACUUUGGUGGAGAACCUGUUCAAGUUGCAGUGAGUCUGGACAUUGCAAGUAUUUCCAGUAUAUCUGAGAGCGACAUGGAUUACACAGCUACCAUCUAUCUGCGGCAGCGCUGGACAGACCCCCGCUUGGUCUUUCACGGCAACAAGAGCUUCACGUUGGAUGCUCGGCUAGCGGAGUUGCUCUGGGUACCAGACACCUACAUUGUGGAGUCCAAAAAGUCCUUCCUGCACGAUGUCACCGUGGGGAACCGCCUCAUAAGAUUGUUCUCUAAUGGCACUAUCUUGUAUGCCUUAAGGAUCACUACAACCGUUGCUUGUAACAUGGACCUGUCAAAAUAUCCCAUGGACACACAGACCUGCAGACUGCAGCUAGAAAGCUGGGGAUAUGAUGAAAACGAUGUCAUCUUCACGUGGCUGAGAGGAAACGAUUCUGUCCACGGCAUAGAAAAGUUGCGUCUCUCUCAGUACACAGUGGAACGUUACUAUACCCUCGUCUCAAAGACCCAGCAGGAAACAGGCAGCUACCCACGACUGAUCCUGCAAUUUGAGCUGAGGAGAAACGUCCUUUACUUCAUUUUGGAGACCUAUGUGCCCUCUACUCUGCUCGUCAUGUUGUCCUGGGUCUCUUUUUGGAUCACAUUAGAUUCAGUGCCUGCAAGGACUUGCAUUGGAGUAACAACAGUGCUUUCCAUGACAACCCUGAUGAUUGGGUCACGAAGUUCACUUUCAAAAACCAACUGUUUCAUUAAGGCCAUUGAUGUUUACCUUGGCAUCUGCUUCACCUUCAUCUUUGGUGCCCUUGUGGAAUAUGCAGUGGCUCACUACAGCUCAUCACAAAAGUGUUCAGCUAAAACAUCUCAAGAGGGGCCUUCAAAUGAACUCACUAAAGACAUGGAAGAGGUCAAUAUUGCUAACAUCCUCACCAGCUACAGACGGAAAAUCAGCUUUACAAGCAUUGAGAUUCCCAGUGAUAAUGUUAACUGCAAUGAGUUCACCAUGAAAACUCAUGAGAAAAUCAAACGUGUCUUGAGAAACAAAAUGCACAGGAUUAUUGGUUAUUUCACAAUUCAGAACCCCAGCAAUGUUGACCACUACUCCAAAUUGCUUUUCCCUUUGUUCUUCAUGCUGGCCAAUGUGUUUUAUUGGGCUUACUACCUAUAUUUUUAGUAGAAAUUAGUUGCUUCGUUCUUCUAGUUCAGUAGGAGAGGAAUCUUGCCAGGUAUCUAAGCUGGCAUCUACCCUCAGUGAAUCCAAUGUGCACAAACUGCUGUGUUGUGCUUCCUGAGGUACAGAAGAGUAUGAGCUAUGCAAGGUGCAAAGCCUUGGUGCUUCAGCAUUAGCAAUGUUGACACUGGACAACUACUUGUUCAGCUGAGUGGCUGUAUUGGGCUCUUCUGCUCAUACCUGCACUUCAUUCCAGCAUCCAGCCUCCCACCUGGCCAAAGAUGGGUGUGUAGGACUGCACAAGGCAGGCCACAGAACACUAUAGGUGGCAAAAUUAUCUUCAUGUACUCUGAGGGAGGAGGGAACCUUGUAGUUUAGCUCUCCAAGAGGAUGUAGGGUUAUAGCUGUUAUUCUUUGUUUGCCAGAGAUAACAGAGCAACUGUGAUUGCAGUCUCAAUAGCUCCUCUGUCAAGAGGACCGAAAGCAGCAGCAGUGUGCCCUGCACAGGCUCUGUGCACUGUGCUUCCUUGUCCUGGGGUAAUGUAGUGCCAGAUCAGGGGUUUGGUGCUGCUGGCAUCGGCGCGAUGGUGUACCUCACUGCUUUCAACACCUGUUUGACUCAUUGAGGUGACCCUCACUUGCUGAAGUUAUCCAUUUCUGAGACACAGAGGGUGGUUUUGUUUGUAGAGCUGCAUUUUUUCAGAGAUUCAGGAACACAAAAUAGAAGCAGCAAGACUGUUCUGUAACACAUCUCUUGUACUGUUGUGGUGCAGUUGAACAGAUUCUACCACAAAUCCUUGUGUCUUCCUUGCAAAUUCCUUCUCAUUCUGCAGAGUGCCUCCUUCAGCUUCCAAUGCCAGAAGCAGGUCUUGUUCCUUGCCAGCCAUAUGCAAGAGUGGCCAAUAUGUC